GAAACGAAGAAGAAAAGCAACACAAGAAGAAGAGCUGGCCAACAAUUAUUAUUAGCUAGAUCACAAACACACCUCCCUCAUUAAAUUAUCUCAUAUUCUAUGAAGCGCAGCCUUCUUUUUUCUGUUAAUCGUUACUUUAUGUUGUUCCAUGUUGUUAAAUGGUUGCAAUAUCGGCUAACUGCUGCUAACUCGGGCGGGUGGAGCUGGGGCUCGUAAGCCGCCUUCAGCGUAUUUUUAGCUUGACAGCGGGGUCGUAUUUGCCAUUUUCCACCACCAAACAUGAGCGACGACGAAACCGCUCUCCGCAAGGACUCCUCCAAAGCCAUUCUGCUCACUAAAGACGGCCAGCGCUACAUCGUGGGUGACAGCCGCUCCGUGGACAGCCGUGACGUGAUCACACUUAUCCCCAUGGAGAACGCCGACCUCAUGGAACUGGACGACGCGGACGAGGAGAGCGACGUAUUGGACACAUCCGACGCGCGUGACGGCGCCGUCAGCCCGGAGGAGCUCAACGACGACGAAGCGUCGGAGGGAGACGGCGCCGCGCCCAAGCAGUGCACUUACGACGGCUGCACCGAGACUACUACGCAGGUUGCAAAGCAACGAAAGCCCUGGAUGUGCAAGAAGCACCGCAACAAGAUGUAUAAAGACAAGUACAAGAAGAAGAAAAGCGACCAGGCCAUGUCCACCAACAAAAUUGACGACAACUGUGAGGAGCGGCCCGUGUCCGUCAACAAGCAGCGUUUAGGAGUCAUGGGGGACCGCCCAGUGCGACCCUCCCUCAUUGAGCAGGUGCUUAACCAAAAAAGACUGUCGCUGCUUAGGAGUCCCGAGGUGAUCCACUUCCUUCAGCAGCAGCAGAACAUCUUGGCGACGCAGAGUCGAGGCCUGGCGCUGCAGCACAACUUUAGCGGAUGCUGACCAUCAACACACGUGCCAAGCAGUCUGCCACCAUUAUUUAUUGUAUUUACAGCCAUUGUGUUUUAGUUUUUGUUGUUUCUGAUGUAUUGUUGAUUUCACAACAUUUGUUGACAGUUUUGUUGCUUUGAGGAAAAACCUGAAGGAAAUGUCCACUAACAGAAAUGUUGUAUUCAUCUGCACAAGCUCUAUGAUCUUUGAGCACAGUGAAAUAAAAAUAUUUAAUUAAAACUCUUGAAUUACAUUAAGUUCAUGCAUAUAGUUGUCUGUGCCUCAUUAGCCUAAUACACGAGUCACAAAUCCGCUGUAAUAUUAGUUUGACCGAGCUCAUUUUAGCCUUGGAGGAAAAAAAGUUCAAUAU